AAAAAGGCGAAGAAAACUCUGGCUGGGCCCCAGCAGCGGCUCACUCUGCUCCCCCGGGUCGGAAUCCCCCGAAGCUGAGGUCGGGCUUCCUGCACGAAGCCGAGCGGACAGCGUCUCUCCCGCGCAGUCCUCCCCGCGCCCGGCGUCCCGGCGCUCCGGUCGCCUGGCCGCCUGCUUUCCAGGCCCCCGAGCCGCGCCGAGCAGAGCGAGCGGGCCGGGACGAGCUCAGCCCCGGCUGCCUCCCGCUUCCCCGGCUCCGCUCUCCGCCCCGCGGGGGUCGUGCGCCCACGAUGCCGCAGGGCCCUGGCUCGCUGCUGCUGCUAGUCCUCGCCUCGCACUGCUGCUUGGGCUCGGCUCGCGGGCUCUUCUUCGGCCAGCCCGACUUCUCCUACAAGCGCAGCAACUGCAAGCCCAUCCCGGCCAACCUGCAGCUGUGCCACGGCAUAGAGUACCAGAACAUGCGGCUGCCCAACCUGCUGGGCCACGAGACCAUGAAGGAGGUGCUGGAGCAGGCGGGCGCCUGGAUCCCGCUGGUCAUGAAGCAGUGCCACCCGGACACCAAGAAGUUCCUGUGCUCGCUCUUCGCCCCUGUCUGCCUCGAUGACCUGGACGAAACCAUCCAGCCGUGCCACUCUCUCUGCGUGCAGGUGAAGGACCGCUGCGCUCCAGUCAUGUCCGCCUUCGGCUUCCCCUGGCCCGACAUGCUCGAGUGCGACCGUUUCCCCCAGGACAACGACCUCUGCAUACCUCUCGCUAGCAGCGACCACCUCCUGCCGGCCACUGAGGAAGCUCCAAAGGUAUGUGAAGCCUGCAAAAAUAAAAAUGAGGAUGACAACGACAUAAUGGAAACCCUUUGUAAAAAUGAUUUUGCACUGAAAAUAAAAGUGAAGGAGAUAACCUACAUCAACAGAGAUACAAAAAUCAUCCUGGAGACCAAGAGCAAGACCAUUUACAAACUGAACGGCGUGUCUGAAAGGGACCUGAAGAAAUCGGUGCUGUGGCUCAAAGACAGCUUGCAGUGCACCUGCGAGGAGAUGAAUGACAUCAAUGCGCCCUAUCUGGUCAUGGGACAGAAACUGGGUGGGGAGCUGGUGAUCACCUCGGUGAAGCGGUGGCAGAAGGGGCAGAGAGAGUUCAAGCGCAUCUCACGCAGUAUCCGCAAGCUGCAGUGCUAGUCUGCCCCCCCUCCCCGGGCCAGCUCCAGGGCCAGGCGGACCACUUCCGCUCUGGGUCCUCAGCUCUCAUUUCCCAAGCACAGGCCCUGCAGCUCUAGCCCCAGCCUGGAGCAGCUCCCCUUGCCUUUUGCACGUUUGCACCCCUGGCAUCUCCUGACUUAUACGGCCUUAGGAGGCCUCAGGCAUGGAUAGCUGUUUUCACAUACAGGAAAAACCCACCCAGAUCUUGUAGAAAUGUUCAAACUAAUAAAAUCAUGAAUAUUUUUAUGAAGUUUUUAACUAGCUCACUUUAGUUUUGAAUAGGUACAACUGUGACUUGGGUCUGAUUUUGUCAUUGUUGUUUUUCUGUUUGGUUUGGGUCAACUGAUUUUCACUUUCUACUGAGGUUGCCAUAACGUACAAAUGGCUUCAUGUUUUCUACGUGGCCCAAACCGUUGUGGGUCACGAACCUCGUUGAGAUAAAGCUGGCUGUUAUCUCGACAUCUCCCAGCUCCAGCCUGAGACUCAGAGCCUAAGUCGUAUAAUAAUUCACCUGGCAUUUUACACCCUCGUUGGGAACUAGCACAGUAGCAUGUGCUGCAUUUCUGAGUAGAGUACCUCCAUUUAUCAAAAGCACAUUAACCAUCCUAUCAUGAGUUCUUUGAAUAAAGGGCAAAACAGACAGAUUUUAUAAUUGAUCUGAGUACUUUAAGCUUUGUUUAAAACACUUUUUUACUUAAUUUUGCAAAUCAAACCAUUGUAGCUUACCUGUAAUAUACAUAGUAGUUGACCUUACAAAGUUGUAAAAAUAUUGCUUUAACCAACACUGUAAAUAUUUCAGAUAAACAUUAUAUUCUUGUAUAUAAACUUUACAUCCUGUUUUACCUACUGCCUGUCUUCUGUCUUUUAUUCAUAGUGGAAGGAAAUGGGAAGGCCAUGUACAAGUGUGGUCGCCUCCCCUCUGCUGAGGCCCAGCCCUCCUGCAAUUUGAAGGGUCUGUUUCUCAAGUGACUCAGAAGUAUCCUCCGCAGCCCCCACCACACACCACCUGGCUGCUGCCUUGUGCCUCACAUCUCAUGCACACUUUACUGCUGCAGACCUGCGGGGAGGCAGAGAUUUGCAGGCUUUGCAAAGGACUUUUCCCGCUUCUGUCCCUGCUCAGCAGUUCAGCGGCAGCCGUGUGGGGACACUACUCCAAACCUAAGGUUCAUGAGCCUUACAGUUGUGCUUUUCGUCUCCCGAGAUUUUUGGAAUGAAAAGAACCAUUGCAAGAAUGUUAGUUCCUUCUCCAUUUAAACUCUAACCUUUAAAGAGCCCUGAUUUGAAGAAUAUCCACUGGAAAGCAGGGGGUGGUGAAGGGAUGGUGAAAAAUGGGCGUUGGGGUGAGAAGGGGACAGACAGACAUCCACCCAUAACAUGUCCAUCCAAGUGCUUCAUUAUUUUAUGUGGGAAAUUCUAUUAAGAAUUCUAUUCUAUUAUUGAAAUUCUAUUACGCGCCUGAGGACAAGAAGGCUCAGAGGGGCUGGACAGACAGCUCCUAAGAGGAAGAGCUGGGGAGGAAACUCAGACCUUUUGGACGACCAAUUCUGUCUUCUAUUCCCCCUAAGACUGGAGUUUAGAAAUCGGGUGGCACUUACCUAUUUAGCAAAUAUUUAUUGGGAAUCUGCUACUACAUGACUUGCCCUGUUCUAAGUGCUAGGAAUACAUACAUUAAUCCCUAUUCUUAUGGAGCUUACAUAAGGGAGUGAAACAAACAAUCACAAUUCCAAUUAUAUAUUUAUAACUUAUCAGUUACAUGAAGUAUAACUACAGGUAAUAUGUGAGAGCAAUAGAGUGUCCCCAUCCCAUUCUUGAGAAGCGUUUAUGUGAAAGCAUUUUAUUGAUUUACUUUUAAAAGUUUCCUGAACAUACAUCCAUGACCUCUCUACAAUAGUUCAAAGUCUUCUGACACCAAAAGUCAAUACUGCCCCUACCUGGGCUAUAGGAUUCCAAUAAUCCUUUCCAUUUUCCUCUAAGUUGCUACUUGACUGCUUCUCAUCUGAUUCCACAAACUCAAGAUAAACCCCCUUCCUACAAGGCACCUCUGGACUAGACUAGAAGAGAGAUACUAGCCACUAGAG